GGCCAGGCCAGUUGCUAAACGACUCGCAAAGCGCUUGGACCGAAGGCCCAAAACCAACGCAGCUCUUAUCUCUUAUCAGUGGCUAACAACAACAACAACAACAACAAGAUGGAGGGCGCUACCACGCAUUUCGAUAAAUAUACAAAAGUUUGGAGUGGACCAAGGCCGGCGCAUUUCUUUGAUGCGGAUUGCUCUAUAGGCAAAAUAUUGUUUGCAUUUAUGCGCAAUCAUCCGACAAGUCUAAGCCAGAUUUCAGAUACGGAGGGCACAGCGCUAACCAAUGGCGAGGCCAUUAGCUUUGCCAUACGCAUUGCGCAGCACUUGAAGUCGAUGUCGCUGCGCCAGGACGAUGUGGUGGGCAUUGCAGCCACCAAUUCCACGUAUCUAAUGCCUGUGGUGCUGGGUUGUUUACUCAAUGGCACGCCCUUUCAUGCUGUUAGUCCAUGGCAUGAUGAAGUUACUCUCAAGCAUUUGUUUUGCAUCACUCGCCCGCGUUUGAUUUUCUGCGAUGGUUUGGCCUACGAACGCUUGAGUGCUAUAGCCAAAAUGUUAAAGGCUCCAGUUUAUACAUUGAAAGAUCAUCGCCUGGAGCUGCCGCGUGUGGAGGAUUUGCUAGCACCCACCAAAACUGAGCUGUACUAUGUUCCUGAGGGUCUCACGCUGGGCGGCGAUCAAACUGUUGCCAUUCUCAGCACUUCAGGCACUACGGGCAUGCCCAAGGCUGUAACCAUCUCCAAUGCUGCUUGUCUGUUUGAUUUUGGCUUUGUUACUGGCCAAGAUGCGCUGCUUUCAUUCAGCACCAUUGACUGGGCGCCUGGUCUAUUCAACAUGCUCUACAGCUGCUGUCAUGGCUCCACUAGAAUCAUCACAGAUCGCGCUUAUACUCCAGAGUAUUUGCUGCAGCUGGUGGAGAAGUAUAAAGUGACGCUGUUGACGCUAUCACCACAGCAGGUGGCCUCACUGGUUAAGGCGCCCACUCUCAGUAAGCAGCGCUUGGCCAGCGUCAGAUUCAUAAGCAUUGGAGGCGGCAACUGCUAUGUGGUGAAUCUGCUAAAGCUGCAGGAGUUUCUGCUGAAUGGACAAAUAUCUUAUGGCUAUGCGCUUACUGAAUGUGGUGGCGUUGCUGCUAAUAUGGGCGUGGCGCGCCCCUCAUCUGUAGGCAAACUAGUGCCAGGCAUUAAGCUAAAGUUACUCGACGAUGCGGGACGCAGUUUGGGACAUGGAGAAACUGGUGAAAUUCUAGUGCACACAGGCAAGCUAUGGAAUGGCUACUACGGCAAUCCGAACGAGUCCAAGCGCAUGCAGGAUUACCAAGGCUGGUUUCAUACCGGCGACAUGGGCUACUUUGAUAACGAAAACUAUUUGCACAUUGUGGAACGCAAGCGCGACAUGCUGCGCUUCCAUGGCGCUCAAUACUGUCCCUACGAGCUGGAGCAGGUUAUAGCGGAGCUGCCAGAUGUCAUAGAGGCGUGUGUGUUUGGUUUAUGGAACGAUGUGGAUGGUGAUCCCGCAGCUGCUGCUGUUGUUAAGGUGCCGGGCAGUCGACUAAGUGAAAUGGAUAUUGUGGAGUAUGUGGCCAAGCGGCUGGUGGUCACUCACAAGCAGCUGCACUGCGGCGUCUUCUUUCUGCCCGAGCUGCCCAAAACUGGCAGCGGCAAAGUGCUGCGGCAACAAGCGCGCGACGAGGCGCUGGGCAAGAAGUGGAGCGACUAUCGCAAUGGGCACUAGUACUAAAGCUAAGCUAAGUAGCUGUUAAGUUAGCAUGACU